AUGCACAGCAGCAGGAGGUUUUUCGCUCUACCAGCCCAUACCAAGGAGCAGUAUAAGGAGCCAAGUGGCUAUCCACCACGAUCCUACGGUGCCAUCACAUCACCAGAGGGAAAAAUCUACAAGACUCAGCAAAGGGACGAUUCAGGAAACAUUCUGAAUGAAUGGCUCCUCGUCAAGAACACCUCCGUCGCAAUUGAUUGGAAUGAGCCUUACUAUACAUCAGAUGAAGGUCGUGAGUUCUAUAGCUCGGUGUCUAAGCAUCCUGAACAGUCCCAGUGGCCCAGUGAGGUGCCAGAGCUUCGCCAAGUCACUGGGGCGUUCUAUCAGGCAAUGGAAAAGCUCGCGGAUACCAUGCAUGAGCUCUUUGCUUUGGCCCUGGGCAUUUCCAAGGACGUUGCACCAGAAACUGCUGCGACCUGCAGCAUUGACCGGGUGACCAUCGCGCAUUAUCCACCCCAAGACACUCCCCCGGCAGAGGAUCAGGAGCGCAUCCAGCCGCAUUGGGAUCGAACUCUCUUUUCCUUGAUCACCACCAGUGACUACGGUGAUGAGGAUUCUGAGGCGGGGCGGGGCGGCCUUCAGAUUUUGGUGGACAAAGACACAGGAGAUGGUGUCGACGGUCGUGCCGAGCUGGAGGUCGAGCGGGUCGAGCGGGUCGAGCGGGUGUUGGAAUGCUUUGUCCCAGUGGUGAUGAGCCGCUGGUCCAACGGACGUGACACGGCCGGACACUGCUGUGGAAUGGGCGAAUGGGGUUUGAAGCACGUCGUGCACCGUGUGCCAAACCCAAAGCCAGGACACCGUGAUCCUGGUAGAAUCUCCUUGAUGGCUUUCGUGGUACCAGACUAUGACACAGUGGUGGAGUGCCUCCAUUGCAAAGAAGAUGGGUCGGUCCCACUCUAUGAGAAGACCUGGGUCGGGGAGAUGAUGAACUGGGGAAGCAAACUCCCCAUCUACAAUCAAACGAAGAUGGAAAUGAUGCGCAUGGCACAAGGUUUGUACACGAAGAAGGGCCACCAGACUAAGUUGGGAGAACCAACUGAUGUGAAGAGCAUCGAGCAGAUGAUGUCGACAAAGUCCAUCCCAGUCCUGGACAUCUCAGCCUUGCACAACGGAACGAAGGACAAGCAGAGUUUCAUCGCCCGAAGGCUUUCCGAAGGAUUCGAGCAGACCGGCUUUGCUGUGGUCACGGGGCAUGGCAUCGCGCCAGAGCUGAUCUCGAACCUGCGGAACAAAGCGUACGAAUUCUUUCGUUCGCCUUUGGAAGAGAAAUCCAAGUUCGACAAGGGCAAAGGCUAUGGCUUCGGUGGCUACAACAGCGUGGGACACGAGAACGGCGCUCAGCUCCUGGGCGACUUCUCCAGGACGCUUGUGGCGGAGCUGGGACAUUUUGAGACACUGUUGGACAUCAGCGGCUGUGAGAUGGAAGAGAACGCGCCACCGGUGGUUGCAAGGCAGGCUCAGAGUUUUCUGCAUGCGGCCGAGCGCGUUGCAAAGAUGACUUCGAAAGCGUUGCAGUUGGCGCUGAAUGUCAGCGACGAGGAGACUUCAGACGGAGAUGGAGUACCUCGUCGCAGCUGUCUGGUCCUGGACCCGAGUGGUGGUGGUUUGCGCUUGGCUUACUAUCCCUCCAGCAAGGCGUAUGGAGAAAACAGCAUGGGCUACGGAUCGCACAUCGACUCUGGUGGCGUGACGGUCAUCUCUUUGGACCCAGCCAACCCUCACGGGCUUCAAGUUGACAUCAGCGGUGUGGGAACCACUGGAAAUGACAAGGAUCGAAUUUGGGUUGACGUGCCGUUCGUUCCAAACUCCUUGGUUCUGAAUGUGGGAGCAUUGCUAUCUCGUUGGACUGGACACACUUGGAAAGCCUCCAUCCAUCGCGUACUGCCAAAUCGAAAAAUUCACGAACGCGUUUCUCUUAUUACAGGGGCGCUUUCUCCAAAGGUGGAUGGCCCCGCAUUUGCAGGUUUCAAGAAUUUGGCCACACAUGAGGCGGUGCGUGCAGAAGAUUCUCUUGCCACCAGGGUGGCAUUGCAUCGCCCAGAGUAUGCUGGAGAGAAGGGGCUUGAAACAGAGAAGUCUAUCGAAGAGGAGACAGAUGGACGAAGAUUGGCAAAGCGACAUGAGGCGACCAUGUUUGAAAUUUGUUCCGAGUUAGUCUUGCGAUUCAACACCCGAUUCAAGCUGUUUGCAUUUGUCAUCACGCCAAAGCAAUAA